CUGUCCGUUCAUAAUGAGAUGUACGUACGACAUCUCACAACGAGCAACAUGACAUUUCAGCAAUAUGCAACUGGUGUUUUUAAACUUGAAUAUUUUCACUGUGGGGAUAAGCAAAUGGACAUCUGUUGAUUUUGUAAAAGCGAAGUUUACUUGAAACUGAAAUUCCAUCGGCCAGAAUAUACCCUGACCCUUACAUCGAUUGAGAUUAUAUUUCAUCAUGUGGAGACUGCUGGCCUGUGUUCUCAUGGUCUCUGUGUUGCAGGCGCGUGAUCUUCGGAAGAGACAAACUGCAUGCCCUAAUGUGUGCGACCUGUCCCGCUGCUCAUCUGCUCUGAAGUCUUGUUAUUUCGGCGUGGUGAAGGACAGAUGUGACUGCUGCACGGUGUGUGCGGCGGGAGAGGGGGAGUAUUGUGGGGAACGCGGACGUGUAGUUUGCGGUCAGGGAAUGACCUGUGAAUAUCGAGACAGCGCGCGCGGCACGUGUGUGUGUGAAUCCCACGAGCCAGUGUGCGGCAGCGAUGGGAGAACUUAUCCUACUGUCUGUCGACUGAAAGCGGAGAACAGACGGGCUGAGAUGAGCGGCAUACCUGCUGUCAUUUUCAUCCAAAGAGGCCCCUGCGAGACCGGCUCUCGAAAUCCAAGCAGCAUGCGCUUCAAGUUUAACUUCAUAGCAGAUGUGGUGGAUAAGAUUGCCCCUGCAGUGGUCCAUCUAGAACUGUUUAGUAGAGUACCAUUUUCCAACCAAGAGGUCCCUGUUUCCAGUGGUUCAGGGUUUAUAGUGUCAGAGGACGGAUGGAUCGUCACCAAUGCACAUGUACUGACCAGUAAACAACAUAUCAAAGUGGAGCUGAAAAAUGGCAUGCUCUACGAUGCCACAAUCAAAGAUGUGGAUCAGAAAUUAGACAUCGCUCUCAUUAAGAUCGACUCAGAGACUCCCCUGCCAGUGCUGUUACUUGGUCGUUCAUCAGAACUGAGGCCAGGAGAGUUUGUAGUGGCUGUGGGAAGCCCGUUUUCUCUUCAAAACACAGUAACCACCGGUAUCAUCAGCACUACCCACCGAGGAGGUCAUGAACUUGGCCUGCAGAACUCUGAUAUGGAGUAUAUUCAAACAGAUGCCAUUAUAAACUAUGGAAACUCAGGAGGACCUCUUGUAAACUUGGAUGGGGAUGUCAUUGGCAUAAACACGUUGAAGGUUACACCAGGAAUAUCAUUUGCCAUUCCCUCAGACUGCAUACGCCAGUUCUUUGCAGACUCUUAUGACAGACAAAGAAAAGGAAGAAUGCUGACUAAAAGGAGAUAUAUAGGAGUGCGAAUGCUCCAACUUUCAGCUGCUUUGAUUGGGGAGCUCAGAGAGAAGGAGAGCAACUUUCCAGAUGUGAGCUCAGGGGUGUAUGUGUACGAGGUUAUUCCAGGGACAGCUGCCUUCAGUGCUGGCUUGGUUAACCAAGAUGUGAUAAUCAGCAUUAACGGACAACCAGUGCAUUCUACAGAGGACGUGAGUCAGGCUAUGCAGUCAAACCAAGUUCUUUCUUUGGUGGUGCGACGUGCCAAUGAAGAAAUCACACUAACAGUGGUUCCUGAAGAAGUGGACUGAUCAAGCUUUCUGGUGCUACAUCUACAUACCUCCAAACAGUAUAUUAUCCACACACGUGCAUUACUUAAAAAGGGCAUUAUAUUAAUAGCAUACAUUAUAAUGAAGCAUCAAGACCAAGUGAUGCUUUUUGAUAUUAAUACACAAGUGUCACAAGUCUUGUUAAGAUUGCAUUGUUCUUCUGUAUAUAUAAUUCUGAUUAAGUGUAUCUUCAGUACACUACUGUUCUAGUGUCUUGUGCUCAUCGAGGCAUUUAUUUGAUCAAAAAUACAGUAAAAAGUCAUGUGAAAUAUUGCAAAUUAAAAUAACUGCUUUCUAAUUUUAUAUAUUUCAAAUGGAUGUUAUCCCAGUGAUGGCCAAACUGAAUUUGAAGCAGUCAUUAUAUUCUAGUCCUCAGUGUCACAUGAUCUUUCAGAAAUGCUGAUUUGGUGCUCUAGAAACAAGCAUUGUGUUUUGAUAGAAUUUUCUUGUAGUGCAUGUAAACAUUAAAGCUGAUGAACAGUCAGGCUGUAAUCCACCACACGUUCAACAUGCACAUCUCAUGCAUUUACUACCUUUCAAUUGUUUUCAAAUAAAUCUGGAGUCAUUUUCAUCAGUCAAACAAGUGUUUGUACCCAUGUGAUUUUAUCUGAGCCAAAAGUUGAAAGUAAUUGGUUUUUGAAUUAUAAGCACAUGUUGUGCAAUAUAACCCCAAGUGCUUAAUUUUUUCAGAACAACAGUAAAUAAUACAUAAUGUACAAGAAGCACGCAAGCCACA